AUGCGGAAAUUGCUUCGGAAGAUCGACCGUUCUCUGUCUUUUUCGCACGAAUCAAAACCCGCGGUACAAAGAAGGCUGAGUCUUCCUCUGUGCGUCGAAACGUCACUUCUUUAUUCUUGUGAACGGAAUGGCCAGGAACAGGUACAAAAUGGGCCAAAUGGAGCCAAUGGCAUUCCGCAGAACGGUUUGGACUCAAAUUAUGACGUUGAUGGUGCCUCGAUACGAUCUGUAGCCCUUUCGGAGUCAGAUACUCUCGCACUAGCCGAACCUCGGCAUUUCGAACUCCAGCACGCAUACCAAGAUAAUUAUACCGCAUAUUUGCCUUUUUUGCUUCGACGCUUACGUGUAGAGCAAGGAUUAGCGGCUUCAAACGAUAUCGCUGUAGUAAAUGCGGAAGUCAGUGAAGACUCGGAAGAACUGAAGAAUGAUGACCUGGACGAGGAGAAAACAGUAGCUUCGGAGGUAGAAGACGUCAGUUAUAUAAUGGGACGGCCUAUGACUACCUACAAUGCCAAGAGAUCGCUUGUGGUUGUGUCAGAAUUCAUCAAGGGUGUGACAUAUGUGUUUCCCUGCGCUGAAUCGUAUGAUCUUUUUAAGGAACUCAAGCUGGGCAAGCAAAAGCUGCGGCGAAAGAACUCUGUGAUUGUCUAUGAUAAUAAUCACAACAUUUCUCGUGUUACCGGUGCAAAUCCUGAGUCUUUGCCUGUUGACGGUUCUUCUGACACAGUGGUGGAUCGUAGACAGCAUAUUGUGCCAGUGGAGAACAAGAUCAAGGGGGCUGGACUUCCUCUUUUCAAAAUAACUGUACCUUACAUGUCGACAUUUCGCCGAAAGGCUCCUUUCAUGGUUUUUCGUAAAUACAAAGAAAUACCUGAGAAACCUGAACUCGGCCCUGGCGCAGAAUCGGACGAUAGCUUCGAAACGUACAGUUAUUGUCAUAUACACACAAAGAUGGUCCAAUCAUGUAAAAGAUACGCUUUCCUGUUCACUCCAGAAGGUUGUGAGCCUUUUACUGUUUUUGCCUUUCAGAACAACAAUCGACCCUUUACAGAUUUCAACUACAAAGACACUCGUUUCCGGGUUCUUGGAACACUGCUCCUGUUAGCUUACGCGGCUGCUUACAAUCCAGAACUCAAGCUUUUUAUCUUGGAUGAAGGGCAGGCGCUGUUGGCUGACGACACUGUAGAGAAAGAGUCCCGCCCGGACAUUUUCACGAGGGUUAGACUGGGAUCCUUGAGCCACUCGACUUCGCGUAACGGUGCUGAGAUACUUGUGCCCCCUGAGUUUCCUUCUCAACGUACAUCGCUACCAGUCAAUCCUGUUCCUAGAAGUGACAACCCUAUUAUUCUAGACAAUGAGAGCCACUCAAGAGCCAGUGGCCAGACUUUUAUUCCAAACAACUCUCCACCCUUCUCAAGAUUUGUCGACUCCCUCGUCUACCAAAAAUCAGCUCUGUUUCUUCCAAAGAGGUAUUCUGAGGAAGGUAAGGUCGAGGUGUAUCAAGACCCAGAUCUGCUUGGACUGGUGGAUCCUUUGACCACAUAUGCUGUGGAUACAGAUUCCUUGGUGAUCACAACAAUUUUAUUGGCUCUACGAGAAGCCAAUAUUCGAAUGGCGAAACGACAGCAUAAUUUAAGCAGUCGUAUUUCUGUCUUUAAUUCAUACCCUUCUCUGGGCGGUAGUCUUUUCUUCGGAGCUGCUAUGAUGUGA